ACCCAUCCUUCUGGCUGAAGUACAUAAAGAAAAUACAGCUUUCCGCAGAUGUGGGCUCGGCAGGAGACACCUCGAGGAGCCUGGCUGAGGUCCCAGGAGCCGGCGGGAGCUCCGGGAGGGUCUGAAUCCCCGCGGAGGAUGGAGGUGCUGGGCUUCAGGGAUGCCAGAGCACCCGGGGGCCCCACCCCGUCCUCACUGGGGCCCCCGCGCCGGCCGGGGGGAUCCGCAUGCGGUGCUACGACUGCGGAGGCGCAGGCCCGAGUGGCGGCUGCGCGCACAGCGUGAUCACCUGCGGCGAGGGCGAGCGCUGCGGCUUCCUGGAGCGCGCCCCGCAGGCCGGCCUGGCGCAGAGCAAGCUGAACCUGACCUUGAGACUGCACCAGCCAGCCUGCGUGGCCAUCCAUCGCUGCAAUCAGGUGGAAACAGAGUCGGUGGGAGACGUGACUUACACAACCCACAGGGACUGCUGCGUGGGGGACCUGUGCAACAGCGCCGUGCCGAGCACCCUGGCCCCCGCGGGCAUCCUGGCGGCAGCAGUCACCACCCUGACGUGGCUUUUGGCAGGACUGUGGAGCGGGUAGCAGGCUCAGGGCCGGGGGCAGGGGCAGGAGCAAGGGCAGAGGCGUGCUCUGAGCAUCUACAAGAAGCAGAUGAGCACUCCUCUGUGAGCCAUUAAAAUCCAUCAACUCUU